AUGUACGGGCUCCUGCUAGAAAACAUGGCGGAAUACAUCCGUCAAACGUACGGCGAAGAGCGGUGGGAGGACAUCAGGCGGCAAGCGGGGGUCGAACAGCCCUCCUUCUCCGUCCACCAGGUGUACCCGGAGAACCUCAUCACACGACUCGCGAAGAAAGCACAAGAGGUUCUAGGCAUAACGGAGCGCGAAUUCAUGGAUCAAAUGGGUGUUUAUUUCGUCGGUUUCGUAUCACAAUACGGCUAUGACAGAGUGCUAUCAGUAUUGGGACGGCACAUGAGAGACUUUCUGAAUGGCUUGGACAAUUUACACGAAUAUUUGAAGUUCAGUUAUCCAAGGAUGAGGGCCCCGAGUUUUAUAUGCGAGAAUGAAACGCGACAGGGUUUGACAUUACAUUAUAGGUCGAAGCGGAGAGGCUUUGUGUAUUAUGCGAUGGGACAGAUAAGAGAGGUAGCUCGCCACUUCUACCACAAAGAGAUGCGUAUUGAGUUACUUCGCGAAGAAUUAUUAUUUGACACAGUUCACGUGACUUUUCAACUGACAUUCGAUAACCGGGCCUUUACGCUCGCCUCACUGGCUAUGACGAGAGAAGAGAAGCAUCUGCCCAUCAGCGCGUCUGUACUGUUCGAGAUAUUCCCCUUUUGUAUUGUUUUUGGUUCAGACAUGAUAGUCCGAAGUAUAGGAAACUCGCUAAUGGUGAUACUACCAGAUUUGGUGGGGAAGAAAAUAACUAACUGGUUUGAUCUGGUUCGGCCGCUAAUUGCGUUUAAAUUCCAAACUAUAUUAAACAGGACGAAUAACAUAUUCGAGUUGGUGACCGUAGAGGCAGUUAUGCACGAGAAAGCGCCCGACAGAAGGAAUGAGCUGUUACGACUAUCCGACGAAUCUGAUUCAACCACUGAGAAAAAUCUACGGUUAAAAGGACAAAUGAUCUACAUGGAUAACUGGCGCAUGAUGAUGUACUUAGGUACUCCUGUGAUGCCUGACCUAGCUGCGCUCGUUUCUACUGGACUGUAUAUUAACGAUCUCUCUAUGCAUGAUUUUAGCAGAGAUCUCAUGUUAGCCGGAACGCAACAGUCCGUAGAGCUCAAAUUAGCACUGGACCAGGAGCAGCAGAAAAGCAAGAAGUUAGAAGAAUCUAUGAGGAAAUUGGACGAAGAAAUGAAGAGGACGGAUGAGUUGCUCUAUCAGAUGAUACCGAAGCAAGUUGCUGAUAGGUUGCGAAAUGGAGAAAAUCCUAUUGACACUUGUGAGAUGUUCGAUAGUGUUUCCAUACUCUUCUCCGACGUGGUCACAUUCACAGAGAUAUGUUCACGAAUCACACCAAUGGAGGUUGUGUCGAUGCUCAACGCUAUGUAUUCGAUAUUUGAUACUCUGACAGAGAGGAACAGAGUCUAUAAGGUGGAAACGAUAGGAGACGCUUACAUGGUAGUGUCAGGAGCUCCAGAGAAAGAAGACAAUCACGCUGAAAAAGUUUGCGAUAUGGCCCUCGAUAUGGUAGACGCUAUCACAGACUUGAAGGAUCCUAGCACAGGAUCCCACUUAUCAAUCCGGGUGGGGGUACACUCCGGCGCCGUGGUGGCCGGCAUAGUAGGACUCAAAAUGCCCCGCUACUGCCUCUUUGGUGACUCAGUGAACACCGCGUCCCGAAUGGAGUCCACUUCAGAGGCAAUGAGGAUACACAUCUCGCAGACCACUCGUGAACUGCUUUCACCAUCUUACAAAGUCACUGAGAGAGGCGAGAUACAAGUUAAGGGGAAAGGUGCAAUGAAAACGUACUGGCUCGAAGGGCGCGAAUCCCGGCCGUCGCUCACCAAGGUAAUAUCGCCCCAAAUACAACCAGGACAAGAGUUAGAAUGGGAGCGAGCAGCCGACGUGCGGGACAGCAUCGCCGAACAUUCCGCGCAACAACUCAACAAUAAAGAAAAUUUACAACUGAAAGAGUCUUUGACUUACCUCGCAGCCAAUUCUGCGCCCAAUUCCCUUGUUAAUAGCGCCGGGAAUCUCAUGAAGCAGCCGCCAACGGUGACGUCACCGGCGGAAGAGAGACGCAUGUAUUCGCCCGUCACUUUCCAAGAUGUUGCCAGGCGGAGUAUAGCUAAUUCGCCGAAUAGAACGGAAAAGGAUAAAGAAUUUCGUCCGUUUCCCGAAUCAAGAUCCACGUCAGCAAGUAUGGGCGGAGUGUGGACAGACGCUGAGUCGUUGGACCCGCAACGAACUUUAGAUAGCUUAAAUUCUUCGUUCUGUUACAGUUCGACGUCCCCUUGCAGAGUCGGCACCGCGCCGCCGCUCAAGCAGCGAGACAACAGCUUCUUUACUGAAAAUAUUCGCAGCAUCCCUCUAUCACCACCGAACUCAGCGCCAAUUGUUAACGACACACCCUACACCAACACGCAAGUGCAGACAUCGGUCACACACGAGAGAACGGCGUCACACAGUGGAGAUGAAAUAGAGACAGAUACGGAGUACCAAGACGCACACGCGGAGUUGAGCCACAUUUGCCCGGUCACAGAGAACAUUGAGCCAAUUCUCCCGAAACAGGGCAAAGUUGGCCGUUUUCGGGCUCGCAUCGCCCCCGGACACAACAAAAUGUGCUCCAAUUCUAAACUUUCCAAAGAAUCCAUUAAGGAUAAACCACAAACUCCACCAACGAACGUUCAACCGCACGGCCAUCACCAUUCGAAGAAUGUUAAUCAUCACCAAUGUUGCGGCGCUUUUGGAAACCCUCAUGUUAGACAUAAAUCCAGUAAUGCUAGUUGUCAUUUAAUUUAGAAAUACGAUUUUAACAC